AUGGACUAUAGUAAACUACGUGAUCUAUCUAAGGAUGAAUUAAUAGACAAAGUAAUAGAAUUAGAUACAAUACUAAAUGAGUUUCAAGAAUCUAGUAAAGAAUUAGAACGAGCAUUAGAAAAUGAAUUACAAGAACAAGAAAGAGUUCAAUCAAAUCUAGAAAAGGAGUUAAAGACAACUCAAACAAGGUUACAAGAGGCACAUGCAAAGAUACGAGAGUUGAAUUACGAACUUAAUGAAUUACAAACAAAUACUUCAAUCACGAUAACUAAACAACAAGAUGAGAUCCAUAGUUUACAAAAGAAGCUAGUUAAGAUUGAAAUUGCCAAUGAUAGUAUGGAAUCUCAAGAUCGAAUAGUAAACAAUAAAUACAGUGUUGCGCAACAACUCAACAACGAAUUGUUAGAAAAGAUAGCAAUUUUGGAAGAUGAUUUUGAUCGAGAACGAAAAUUGAAUAUUGAAAGACAAUUACAUAUAACCAACUAUCAGAAUCAAAUACGAGAGUUGAAUGCCCGGAUCGAGACGUUGGAGACAGCACAAAGUAGAACCAAUACCAGUAAUAGCGAAGAGGAUGAAACUGGAACAGGAGAUGUUUCAAUGGUAUCCAUCCGAGAAAUGUUAAGAUCAUCACCACCACAAGGAUUUACCAAUCCUGUUGAUGUCAUAAGAAAAUCCACUUCAUUAAAGAAAUUGAAAAGUUUGACAAGAGAUAUAGAUUUGGCUUUACAUGGAAAGAUACCGACCAUCAUUGGGACGGAACAUAAGAGUACUCCUACUACUACUUAUUCUGCAAUUAAAUCUCGAAGCAGUGAGGAUUUGGUUGAAUCACGAAAGAAGGAACGACGACUUUCCCAUAGUAAGCGGUUUCUGGACUUACCUUCAAUCAAGGGGUCUCCUUCUGGUACUCGAGUUGUUAAUUUGGAUCUGGCCCCAAUUCAGUCCAAACCAGUUAGAUUAUGA